AGAAGAAGAAAAACCCAUUAUAAUGGUAAUGGCACAUCUCACUAAAACGCCAUGAUAGAAGCCACACUCAAGAGUAUGGUGUGAGCAUAUGUGUGUCAUUUCUUGUAUUAAUGUUACUAAAAUAAAAAUAUGAGCAGAAGUAUGGGGCAGUUUUUUUGUUUCUGGUUCGUGCAUUGAGAACCGAUCAUGUUGUGGUAUUAAUCCGGCAGGCGAUUGGGGCAAAGCCAAGAGGAAUACGUUUUCAUCAGGCUUACGCCUCUGCUUCUAACAAGCGUAUUUUGAGAAGGAACCCACCGCAUAAAAGAGUAGCCGCGCAAUUUCAGGAUUUGAAACCACCACCAACAACAAUUGCCGGCGACGAAGGGCACGACGGUUGGUGAGGUCGGCAUCAGGCGACGAAGACGGGCAGCAGCGGGCGGCGCCGGGGUAUAAAGGAGGAAGGGUGCGGGCACCCGGGGGCCGGGGCGGGGCGGGGGGCUGAGGAGGUGACGCGGAUCGCCCAUGCCGCCAUGCGCCCAUUCAAGCCCACCGCCGGCGCCUUCAGCAUGGCCUCGCGCCUCGCCGGCGCCUCCACGCCGCCGGACGCGCGCAUGGUCAAGACGGGCUUCGACCCAGUCAUCUACCGCCACAACCUCCACCUCAACUCCCUCAUCUCCUCCGGCCGCCUCGCCCGCGCCCGCGAGAUGUUCGACCAGAUGCCCGAGAAGGACGUCGUCUCCCUCAACCACAUGCUUUCCGGCUACUCCAGGUACGGCGGCCUCGCCGCCGCCGAGGACCUAUUCCGCGCGGCGACUCACCGCAACGUCUAUACUUGGACCAUCAUGAUGGGCAUACUCGCCACGGACAGGCGUGGCUGUGAUGCCGUGUCGCUCUUCCGCGACAUGCUCAGGGAAGGGGAGGCGCCCGACAGCGUCGUUGUCUCCACCGUGCUCAACGUGCCUGGCUGCGAUGUCGCGUCGCUUCAUCCCGUCGUCACCAAGCUCGGCUUCGAGACCAGCGUUGUUGUCUGCAACACGUUGCUCGAUGCAUACUGCAAGCAGGGCCUCGUUGCUGCUGGCCGGAGAGUCUUCCUGGAGAUGCCAGAGAGGGACGCGGUCACGUACAAUGCCAUGAUGAUGGGGUGCUCCAAAGAGGGCCUGCACAGUGAGGCACUUGAGCUAUUUGCUGCUAUGCGACGUGCAGGCAUUGGCGCCAGCCAGUUCACGUUUUCUAGUAUGCUGACCGUGGCAACAGGUAUGGUUGAUCUCCACCUCGGACGUCAGAUUCAUAGUCUUUUUGUGAGAGCCACCUCAGCACGCAAUGUCUUUGUCAACAAUGCAUUGCUUGAUUUCUACUCGAAAUGCGACUGCCUUGGUGAUCUGAAGCAGCUGUUUUGGGAGAUGCCAGAGCGGGACAAUGUUUCGUACAAUGUGAUGAUCUCAGCCUAUGCUUGGAACCGAUCUGCCAGCAUGGUUUUCCAGUUAUUCAGGGAGAUGCAGACAAUUGGCUUUGACAGGCGGGCCUUACCGUAUGCUAGCUUACUGAGUGUAGCUGGCUCACUGCCUGACAUUGAGAUUGGGAAACAAAUACAUGCUCAGUUGGUACUUCUCGGCAUUGCUUCGGAGAAUUUUGUAGGAAAUGCCCUGAUUGACAUGUACUCAAAAUGCGGUAUGCUGGAUGCUGCAAAGACAAAUUUUGCAAACAAAAGUGAUAAAACUGCUAUUUCCUGGACUGCAAUGAUAACCGGGUGUGUCCAGAAUGGUCAGCAUGAGGAAGCGCUGGAAUUAUUCUGUGACAUGAGAAGAGUUGGUCUAAGGCCUGAUAGGGCAACAUGUUCUAGCAUCAUGAAGGCUUCCUCAAGCCUGGCAAUGAUUGGGCUAGGAAGGCAGCUGCAUUCUUACUUCACAAAAUCAGGCCAUAUGUCCAGUGUGUUCUCAGGUAGUGCCCUUCUUGACAUGUACGCAAAAUGUGGCAGUUUGGAUGAAGCCCUCAGAACAUUUGAUGAGAUGCCUGAGAAGAAUUCCAUCACUUGGAAUGCUGUAAUUUCAGCCUACGCGCACUAUGGACAGGCGAAAAAUGCCAUCAAGAUGUUUGAAAGUAUGCUUCACUGUGGUCUUUAUCCAGAUUCAGUCACCUUCUUGAGUGUGCUAGCAGCCUGCAGUCACAAUGGUCUUGCAGAAGAAUGCAUGAAAUACUUUGACCUGAUGAAGUAUUACUAUAGCAUGUCACCCUGGAAGGAACACUAUUCUUGUGUUAUUGAUACCUUGGGUCGGGCAGGCUAUUUUGAUAAAGUUCAGAAAGUGUUGGAUGAGAUGCCAUUUGAGGAUGAUCCAAUAAUAUGGAGCUCCAUUCUUCACUCAUGCAGGAUCCAUGGAAACCAGGAUUUAGCUGCAAUGGCCGCUGAAAAAUUGUUCAGUAUGGCACCCACAGAUGCAACACCCUAUGUUAUAUUGUCCAAUAUAUAUGCUAAAGCUGGCCGUUGGGAAGAUGCUGCACGUGUGAAAAAGAUUAUGAGAGAUAGAGGAGUUAGGAAAGAGUCGGGUAACAGUUGGGUUGAAAUCAAGCAAAAGAUCUACAGCUUUUCUUCAAAUGAUCAAACCAACCCAAUGAUAGCUGACAUUAAAGCAGAGCUUGACAGGUUGUACAAAGAGAUGGAUAAACUAGGCUAUGAGCCUGACACUAGCUGUGCCUUACAUCUGGUGGAUGAUGAGCUAAAGCUGGAGUCGUUGAAAUACCACAGUGAGAGACUGGCCAUUGCAUUUGCCCUGAUUAACACCCCACCUAGGACACCAAUUAGGGUUAUGAAGAAUCUGAGUGCCUGCCUAGACUGCCAUUCUGCCAUCAAAAUGAUAUCGAAGAUUGUGGACAGAGAGAUUAUCGUAAGGGACUCGAAAAGGUUUCACCAUUUCAAGGAUGGCAUUUGCUCUUGUGGAGACUACUGGUAGGAACUAGGCCUGCUGCAUAGUUUGGUGUACAAUAAAAAAAUGCAUGCUGAAUGUGCCAAAGCACAACCAAAGAUUUACAGGGGCACAUAUGUCAGCACUGAAGACAUACCUGAAUAUGGAAGUUGAGGCAUGACUCUGGCAUUAGGCCUAGUUGUGAUUGACAUAUUCGAGGCGAAUGGUUAUAUGCCACCAGGUUAUCUGAAUUCGACCUGGAGGUCCGGCAGGUUAGUUCCUAAAAUUAUGCAGGUACACUUUAAUCUGCAUUGAUAUUCUGUUGAAAAGGAUGCAUUCCUCUGGAAAUCUUUGAUGACGAAACCUCAAUUUACACA